AUUGUGUGUGAGCGUGUAUGUCUUGUGUAAUAAUACAUAUAUUUUAAAUACUUAUUUUAAGCAACGAAUUUCUACGUUUCUUCACGGUUUUACCUGACUGUAUCGAAAAUGUGUGUGUAACGUGUAUUCCCGUGGUCUAUCCACAACGUCAAGUUGUUCUAUGUUGGUCUGAGAUGGCGUUUACUCUACGAAGAAAUCGCAUUAUACUCGCAACUAUAUUAAUUUUGCUUCCUGUUAUUUUUUUGAUUAUAACUUCAGAUGGUGGCCACAGAGGUAAGUUUGGACUUCAAUCUUAUUUACAAUAUGAUAAAUAGGCUACACAUUGUUUAAUAACACGAUUUUAGCAGCAGCAAGCGAUGUAGAUAUAGUUUACGUUUGUGCCUCAAGCUCCCGGUGUAAACAAUAUGCACAUUUCAUCUUACAAUAAUAAUAAUAGUAUUAAGUGGCUAGGAUGUUUAUUGGAUGUGUAGGUAUACACAUUGAUCUAUUAAAAUUGUAAAUCGUAUCUCUAUAAAGUGUUAUUUUAAUGGACUAUUCCAGUGAUUCCACACAUUUCGUUCAUUUGCCGGUGCCAUUGUCAGCGACUCAUUCAACUCGACAGCCUGUUGUUUGUACAUUGUUGGAUUUUCAAUUUUAAUUUUUAUAUUGACAUAGAUGUUUUAAUCUGGAAAUAAACACCCAAAGUAGCAUAUAAACGUGGCAUGGUUUGUUCUGAGCUUUAAGUCAUGUCCGGUAUUAUUUGAAUUUUUAUCGUAAAAUCGAAUUUUAAAGCAAUUUUAAAUCAGGCAACGUAUUAUAUAAUAAAACAAAAUAUUUUUUAUAUUUCUGCAUACUCCUAUAUUUUGCUGCUGUUCAGAAGAUUAAUGGUUUGUGUGUUAUCUAGUGUAGCAGCAUUAAUUCAUUUUUACUAGGAUUUUGUAUUCAUUUCAUUAUCAAAUAUGACUAUGAGUUGCCACAUUAAUAGAAUUCUGUUGACAAUGUGCAUUAACUCUUUGUAACUUGAGAUACUGUUUUUUAAUACAUUUUCUUGCAUGUCAAUGUUUAUAACAAUUUUAUAUGUCUUUCCUCUCAAAUAGGUUUCCAAAAAUUCUGCUUAGAUUACUUUAAAUUUUAAAAUGGCUUGAAUAUCUUGGCACAAUUUUAUUGAAUGCUAAUACUGUAUAUAAGGAUUUUUAAUUAAAAUACCUGUUCUGCUUAUUAAAGAGCAAAUCAUUUAAGUGUAAUUAAUCAGGGUUUUUGACUGAUAUUUUUUUUGUGCAUGUGCACAACAUUGUCAGAUUUUGAGAGGAAGUUGAGAUGAUAGAUAAUUAUAGAGAAAGUGGUAGUUUGACAAAUUUUUGAACUUGAAAAACUGUUAGCCAUUCAUCCUGUGUCAAGUACACAUACUUGCUUUGAAACAACUUUGUAUAAUGAAGGGCAAAAUUGGAUGAGUUGUACAGUCAUAAUUCAUGAAUACACUGAUACAAUUUGUACAGUACAUGCAUAUGUUAUGUAGUUGACUUUUAUGGGGCAACGUUCUAAGCCCUAACCAUCUAUGGGGGCUGUGAGCUAGACCGCUGCACCUCUCCCAAGGUUGGGUUGACUACAAAAUAUUUGUAGUUCGCUAUAACUACAGCUACUUCAAAAAUAUGUAGUCAGCUACAGCUACUGCUACUUUUGAACAAAGGUAGUUCGCUACUGACUGCAGCUACUGCUUAAAAAAUGUAGCGAACUAUUUCGCUAUUUCGCUACACUAUAUUUUUUAGUUUUACUGUAUUUGGAGCAUCUACUACUCAGGCUGCAAUGUAUAACCUAUAACAAAUCGACUUACGAGUAGCAACAGUAAACACAAAGCAACACUUUGUAAGCGCUACGUACACUCUUCCAGAGUGCAAAUAAUUGACUAUUGCGGAUUGAUUUUAAAAAUUAAGCAAACCGUGUCUCAAUAUCAUGCUAUUCUAUCAAGUUGCUAACAAUUUAAAAAAGUAGCGAAUAGCGAUUUGCUGUUUGAAAAGUAGUCAACUACUUGGCUACUUUUAGGCAAAAUGUAGUUCGCUAUAACUACAGCUACUGUUUUAAAAAAGUAGUCAAAAACUACUGGCUACUUGAAAAUUGUAGUUCGCUACAGUAGCGAACUACAACUACUUCGCUACUACCCACCCUUGACCUCUCCUAAUUAUUUUUCCGCCUCCUCCAGCAUUUCCACCAAAUCAGACAAACACACAUCCUAUCAACGUAUGUCCCCCCCUUUUAAUAAUAAAUUGAUUUGUCUAUUAGUAUAUUCAAAUAAAUUAUGUAAGAACUCUAAUGACGAUAGAAUAUUAGAGUGAGUGUCACGUUACUUUUACAGUAUUAGGUAGCAUGCAUUGUUUUAAUCAAGUGGGAUAUAUAUUUUACUGCAAGGCAACAAUGUUAUUGCAUGCCAAAUUUGACUAUAAAUCACCACAAACUGCAGAAAAACAUGAGACCCCUUACAUGAGAGGAAAUAAAUUAGAUUUGUUAAGUAUGAAGACUGUAGUAUAUACUGUACAGAAGGGGUGUUAGCAAAAUGAACAACCCAUGAAGUCACCAGUGUCAGAUUUCAGGUUAAUUGUUGUUGUUGUUGUUGUUGUUGUUGUUGUUGUUGUUGUUGCAAACAACUCUGAUUAUAUGUGGAAAAGACUUACUGUACAAAGUCAACUGAGUGGCACAUAAAGUUAGAAGUAUAGUUAAUAGCACACAUAAAAUAUCUUCAAAUACAACAACACAGGUUAUGAUGUUAUCAUUUAUUUCUUUAUGUAUAACUAUUUACAAGUACAUAAUGGCAAUUGAUUAAGUUAAUUUGUCUUCCAAUUAUACGGGUAUAGAAGCAUAAUGUUUAUAUUACACUAAUACAUAAAGUACAAGCAUUAACAUGGGCGUACGGGAAGGAAAAAAUUAGGGGGGGGGGGCAGAAAGAAAUUUGCCAGACUUUUUGGAUAGCCCAAGUUGUCAAAACAAUUUUCAGACUUUCAAAUUGUUGUGAGGAGGGAGGAGUGAUUUCGAAAAAUUCCUAUUAGAUAGCAUAUUUCCCACAAUAUUGACAGAAUUUCCAACAAAAUUGACGGAAUUUGUCCCAUUUACUUUUAUAAUAAGCCAAUAUUGCCCGACUGUGAAGGAAAUAUUGCCAGACUGGGGGGCUGACGCCCCCCUCGCCCCCCUCCCGCUCGGUACGCCCAUGAGCAUUAGUGCUAUGGUCUUAUACAGGGCUCAAGAUUUGUGGUAUCCCAAUAUCCAUGGGAUACCAGAUUUCAAUUUUGGAUAUUGGAUAUUUGAAUUUCUGAUCCAAACUCCAAAGUUUGUACAUUGUGGCGAAAUGCUCAACAAAUUUUUUUCCCGUUGUUUGUCACACAAAGAUUAAUUCCAAACAUAUAUACCACUGAUAUACUGGUACUACCUGUAUAAAAAAGCAUGUGCUCAAGCAAUUGUUUUUAAAGUUUUAUAUCUUUAGUUACUUUUUAACCUGAAGAUGGAGUUAUACUUCGAAACGUAGUUAUUAAAAUAAUCUUUUUGUACUGAGCCUAUAUGGUCUAAUUUAUUCAAACACAGAAUGUUUAUGAUAGUUUUUUUUUUUUAAAAAUGCGGAGAUAUUUUAUACGAAAACAGCAAGACAAUCAACAAGAGAGAUGGCGAACUAACUUCGGUAACCCAAGCACAACAAUGUCAAGAAAGCAUGCAUGUUGAAAUUGGUGAUGAAGGCCCACAAGAUGAAGCACUGCAGCCGAUCCAAGUCAAUGAUCAUGAGCUAGGGACAUUUUAUUAAGACUAGAGUAAUUUUAAACAUACUUACAGUAGUUCUUGUUGAAUAUUCAAUCAUUGUAUUUUACUUUAUUUAAAGUUAAAUUAAACACUAGUAAUAAAAAUGUACAACAUUUUACAUAAAAUUUUCCACAUUGUCAACCAUUAUCAGUUAUCCAGAACUGUUUUUGAAAAUGAAAUCUGACAUUGACCAUGUGGAAAAGUUGAACAUCAUUAUCACUAGUGUUAACCUCCAGUUGAGUGUUUUUCACAAUUGUCACUUAUAAGAGUAUAUCUACUUACCAAUGUUAUAUAAUUUACUAAUUUCAAAUAAUUGGUUUAAAAUACAUUUUUCUUGGAGGUCAUUGUUAUAAGAUUACAUAAAUCAUAAUGAUCAGCGUCUGUCCCCCACUUAUUGUUUUACCUAGUUGUUUGGAUACUGCUAAUCAGAGCACCUACUGUUUAAGCCUGUGUAUACUAAAUUCAAGGAGGGGUACCAGAUUUUAAGGUGCUAGUAUCCACUUGUAUACUGGUAAAAGAUUCAAAUCUUGAGCCCUGUUAUAAAGUAGGACUACAAAUAUAUAGUUGCUGAACACAAUUCAACCCUGAAUAGAAAUCAAUGCUUCAAAAAAGUUAGCAAUCCAAGCAUUAGACCAUAUAGUAGCAGCAAAACUACUAAAAGCAGCGAAAAUCCAUUUUCAAGAAAUUUUAAAAGAAACUUGUAUUUGGUUGUCGACGCUGUUGUCAUGUUCGGCUGGAAUCUUGUAUUCCUGGUAGGGCCAUCCAUGCUGAACAGGUCGUAACGCCAUUGGCUCACCUGAAACACACCAUGAAAGUUGGUAACUGGAAUGUACCAACAAAUGAAAAGUGGAAGGAGGAGUAUAGACAUCGUUUGGCAUCAGUGAAACAUAUUGGACGAGGCAAGAGAAAUCAAGAUUGCAACUUGCAGAUGGAGAGACCAUAAUUUACUCUGGAAGAGAUGAUGACAACCACAGCGUCAGAGGGAUAGAUAUUCUGAUGUCAAAAAAGCAGCAGGAGCUCUCAUAGAAUGGACCCCAAUCGGCGAGAGGAUCAUUCACAUUAAUUUCAUGCACCAAUGGUAGAUGUAGACGAAUAGGUGAAGGUCAUAUGAGUUUUACAUGAGACUGCAAGACGUACUGGAUGAUAGGAUUGAUAGGUACUGUACUGUACAUGAUAUGUUGAUUGCCACUGGGGAUAUUAAUGCAAAAGUAGGAGAUCAAAAUUGGGACUAUGAAAGGGUUAUGGGUAAGCACGGAUGGGUGAGUGCAAUGAUAAUGGAGAAAGACUUUGUGAAAUGUGCUAUAUAAACGAGCUAGUAACACCAGGAACAUUGAUCCCAUACAAGAACAUGACCAAAGUAACGUUGGUUUCUCCAGAUGGGAAGACCAGAAAUCCAGAUAGAUCAUGUUUUAAUUAGUAAGCAGUUCAGAAAUUCUGUGAAAGACACAAUGAGAUUUUACAGAUUUGAAGACAUCGGAAGUAACCACUAUCUUGUAUUACAACCAUCAAGCUAAGGCUAAAGUCACAAGAGGAAAAGAAAAAUGGCAGAAUCAGAUACGAUACAUUCACGUUGAGACAUGAAGACAUGCUGAGAACGUUUAACAUUGAGAAACAUGUACCAGGCACCAGAAGAAAAGGAACCAGUAGCAGAGGAAGAUAAAGUGGAGCGAAAUUUUGAGAUAAUGAGAAAGACAUCGACAGAAGUUGCAGAAACAAUCCUUGGUAGAGCACGUGGGGGAAAAGCCAUUGGUUAGCGAGGAAACGUGGAGUCUCAUUGACCAUCGUGAGGCCAUUAAUGAGAAGAGGGAGUUGAAGGGAAUAGGGAGUUGAAGGGGAAUAUCAAGGCUGAUAAGAAGAGAUGGAUGGAUAACAUCGCAAGAAGACACUGCAUGGACUAACAAAGACAAUGUGCAACGAAAGACCAAGGCACAGCGCCGCAGUACUGGGCAAGAUCGGGAACCUCUUCAACAGGAAAAAAGACGUACAGGACAGAAGGAGUGCUAAACACGAUACGGAUGUGAAACUUGGAAAAUGAGCUAGGGGAACGACAAGACGGUCGACGUGUUUCACAAAAGGUGUUUGCAUGGCCUUCCCAAUCUGAUGGGAAGGCCACGUCAGAACUGAGAAGUUACUUGAAAGAGCAGGAAUGAAGGCGCUGAAUGAAGAAGUCAAAUCAAGAAGGUGAAAAAAGUUUGAUCAUAUCAUGAGACAAGAUCCAAACAGUGAUAUGUGGCUAUGACAUGGGCGCCAGAGAAAAAGAACGAAGAGGAAGACCUAAAACUACAUGGAGGAAGACAGUUUGGGAUGAGGCGCAGGUAGUAUAACAGCUGGCAGAGAUAUAUGGAAGGCCUCUGUGAAGGCCUUAGUGCCACUAUAGGCUAUAGUCUAUAGGCACCUGGAGGAUAGAUGAAUCCUUUAACAACUUUAGCACACGUUUUAAUAUCCACAUAAUAAAAUAGAAUUUCGAUAUCUCGCUGGGAUAGAGUAACCAAUAACGUCCACCAGCCCUAUAACCACAACUAAAAUCUGUUCGCUUGUAUUUGUCUGUCUCGUGCUCGCUCAGGCAUGCUUGGGAGUUUAUUGUUUGGGUAGAUAAAUUACUGUUUGAUGACUUUGUAAUAUGCAAAUAUCGACUCGCUUGUAUUUGUCUGUCUCGUGCUCGCUCAGGCAUGCUUGGGAGUUUAUUGUUUGGGUAGAUAAAUUACUGUUUGAUGACUUUGUAAUAUGCAAAUAUCGACUCGCUUGUAUUUGUCUGUCUCGUGCUCGCUCAGGCAUGCUUGGGAGUUUAUUGUUUGGGUAGAUAAAUUACUGUUUGAUGACUUUGUAAUAUGCAAAUAUCGACUCGCUUGUAUUUGUCUGUCUCGUGCUCGCUCAGGCAUGCUUGGGAGUUUAUUGUUUGGGUAGAUAAAUUACUGUUUGAUGACUUUGUAAUAUGCAAAUAUCGACUCGCUUGUAUUUGUCUGUCUCGUGCUCGCUCAGGCAUGCUUGGGAGUUUAUUGUUUGGGUAGAUAAAUUACUGUUUGAUGACUUUGUAAUAUGCAAAUAUCGACUCGCUUGUAUUUGUCUGUCUCGUGCUCGCUCAGGCAUGCUUGGGAGUUUAUUGUUUGGGUAGAUAAAUUACUGUUUGAUGACUUUGUAAUAUGCAAAUAUCGACUCGCUUGUAUUUGUCUGUCUCGUGCUCGCUCAGGCAUGCUUGGGAGUUUAUUGUUUGGGUAGAUAAAUUACUGUUUGAUGACUUUGUAAUAUGCAAAUAUCGACUCGCUUGUAUUUGUCUGUCUCGUGCUCGCUCAGGCAUGCUUGGGAGUUUAUUGUUUGGGUAGAUAAAUUACUGUUUGAUGACUUUGUAAUAUGCAAAUAUCGACUAUAACAACAGCGCUACAACAAAAUAUAAAAUAUUUUCGUGUGCAAAUAAUAUGUUUGGAUUUUUGCUACUUUUAGCAGUAUUGUUGCUAUAGUAUAUGGUUUACAGUCAAACCGGAUGUUCUCUUGCAAGCAAAAUUGCAAUAUUAUCCCACAAUAUUGCAAUUUUGAUAGGGAGAUUGCUCUGAGCAAUUUGCAACGGACGCGAACAAAUUGCAAGUUGAAAUUCACAAAAGAUUUGUAAACAAAGCCUCUGAUUGGACUAUAAGAAAGAGGGAAGCACCAAUCCAGUUGCUCAGACUAUUCGAUUGGCUUCCCUCUAUAAUCCAAUCAGAGGCUUUGUUUACAAAUCUUUUGUGAAUUUCCAACUUGCAAUUUGUUCGCGUCGGUUGCAAUUUGCUCAGAGCAAUCUGCCUCUCAAAAUUGCGAUAUUGUGUGACAAUAUUGCAAUUUGCUCGCAAGAGAACAUCCGGUUUGACUGUAAUGCUUAGAUUGUUAAUUCUUUUCGAAGCAUUAUGAUUUAUAUUUCUUUUGAGAACUGUGUUAAAUUGUGCUUGGCAACGCUUGUAUGUAUUGGUCUAUAAACUUUAUGCUCGUAUAGACUGUAACGUUUGAAAGCAAAUAAACUUCAUCAGUUUUCCACGUGUUGUAUAUUAUAUGUCCCGUAAUCAGAGUUGCUUACAACAAAAAUACUAGCCUAGACCUGGGCCUUCAUUCGGCAAGCUGCACUUGAUUUGCAGGCUAAUCGACUUCAAUUUUCCUAUGACGUAGCAAUUCCUUCGUCCCGCCUCCAAAUUGCCUAGGUUCCAGUCUUCCCACGUGAAAAAGCGCUGAAAUAUAACUAGAAAGUCCUAAGUCUAGGCUGGGAAAAUACAUAAAUUAACCGAUGGCGUCAUGGGUGGUAUAUAUUUUGCCAUAGACGGCUAUACAAUAAAAAACCCUCAAAAGAUAGCUUGUUGUCUAACUAUUUUUUUUUUAAACUUUGUAUAGUUCUAACAAGUGGAGUAGAAGUGGAUCCAUCUAUUAUUGAAAGACUAAAGAUUCUCUCCAUAAGAUUACGUCUUGUAGAAUCAAAAAAUGACGACAUUUCUCAAAGUCUUAUAUCCAUUAGGUCAUCAUCAUAUCAUCAUUAUGCUAGUGAUACGAAAAACAACAAUACUAAAGUUCGAGAUGUAGAUUUUAUGAAUAAUUCUCAAUUAACACUACCUAGUAUUUAUAAUUAUAUGUCACAUUUAUUGGGAAGCAAGAAUAGUUUGGUACCAGCAUUUCAAUUGUCUGCAGGCAGACAUGCAGGUAUGGUAUUGUAAUUUACUGUAUAUAAAGGCCUAAUUCCACGACGAGCGAAAUGCGAAAAAUUUCGCGCGAAAACACACUUGUGCGAAAAUUUUCUCUCGUAGUGAUUUCCACAGAAGAGAAAAAAUUCGCCAAAACACAAGCAUUUGAUAUUUUGAUUGAUUUCGCUAUUUUGUCAUCCAAAACACAAACAUUUGAUUGGCUUCGCUAUUUCCAUUUCGCAACGGAGUAGAAACGAAUUCAACUACCUGGCGAAGAGAAAUAUUUCGCAGAGAAACACUCCAAAAUCAUGUUGCGCAUGCGUUCAACCUUUUCGCGCGAAAUUUUUCGCAUUUCCGCUCGUCGUGGAUUUAGGCCUUAACACUUCAGCACAAAUUUUGCAAAGAAAACGAACAUUGGAUCUACAUUCUACGAGCACUGGUUUUUAACCAAUGUAAUUAGGAAGGGUCCUGUAGCAGACAAUGUCAUCUGGAAUUUAUUAUAAAAAUGGAGAUUUUAUUUUAAAAAAGUACAGCACGAGUGACGAAGUAUCGUUUUCCUGAUGGUUUGUCUAUAAUGCCAUACUCACUGUCGAUGCAAUGGAAGUGUUGAUAAAUUAUUUCAUGAAUUCAUUUCCUCAAGUUGAUCAAUUCAUACGAAUUCAAAUUUCUUUUUACUUCCUGUGCGUUUCCUAUUGGUCAAUCGGUUCUGAAACGAAAUCUAGUUGGUUCAUCUAAAAGUAACAGGAAGUUGAUAAAUUUUCUAUCAAAUGAAUUCACCAAAGGAAAGGAAUUGAUGCAAUAUUUUAUCAACACUUCCAUUGCAUCGACAGUAAUAACAUAGACAAAUCGUUUGUCUGAAGCCGGUUUUCCACUAGGCGGAAUUUUGCGCGCGGAGCGGAAUUUCUCUUUGUCUUGUGAUUUCUCGGGUGGAACUAUUAGAAAAGACAAAGAAAGAUUCCGCUCCGCGCGCAAAAUUCCGCCUAGUGGAAAACCGGCUUAAUAUGUACAUGUAAAUACGACAGCAAGACUUAGUAAAAAAAGUAAGUAAAAACUUUAUUUGUCUACGCUAACCCCUACAGCAAGAGCUGAUUUCCAAGAGGGGCGUAGGUUUAAAAAUACAAACGUUACACUCAAUUAGGAUAAAUAUAUAUACAAGACUAACACAUUACAAUACAAUUAUACAAUUAUAAUUACUCUACUAUGGUCAAAUAAAUAAAAUUUCAUAAACUCAUUAUCUAACUGGCCAGGUGCCGCACACCCAAGUUAAAUUGACUAAGAGAACAUUUAUUUCUUAGUCUAUCUGGGAGGCCAUUCCACAAUUUUGCUCUUCUAUAACUAAGACCUUUUUUAAGAUAUUCGGUCUUAGGUUUGGGCAGAUAGAGAUUUGUGGCAUAACCUCGUAAGUUAUAAUGUUGAGACGAAGGCGUCUUUUGAAACAUAUCAAUUAGUUGUUUGGGCGCUAGAUCGUGGGUUAUUUUGUACAUGAGACUUGCUACAAAUUGAGUUCUGCGUUCUUUCAAUGUUUUCCAGUUUAGUUUAUUUAAAGCAAGUUCAGAUUGGCCGUGUUCGUUUUUACGACCCGUAAUUACUCUAGCAGCCCUAUUUUGUAAUUUUUGGAGUUUUGCUCUAGCAUACAGUAGCAUUGAGCUUCAUGCAGUAAGCAUAAGGAAUGUGUGCUUCACUAACCUUAAUCGUUUUCGUUCAAUGUUCUUGUACACUGUACAUGUCUGUACAACUCAACAAGAGUUAUCCAAUGUUGUGUAUUUAUUGAAUGCCGUGGCAUAAAUAAGUUUCUUAUGUGAAGCAUUUUAUUUUCUGUCUAUUUUUGGUUUGCUCGCGAAAAACAUUUUAACAUAUUAAAUACUGUAUUCUAUGAGAACACGAAAUAACCGUACCAUAUUCCCAAUCAUAAUAUAUACAUUUACCUUUAGUUUCUCUCAUAUUUGGAGUCCCAACUAUCAAGAGAGGAAAAGCAAGUUAUGUUCUGAAUACAAUCCAGUCGUUAAUACAAGGAACAUCUGCUGAGGAGAAAAACGACUGUAUAAUCGUCGUAUUUAUUGCCGAAAUUGAAGACAAAAUAUUUGUGAAAAGUCUUAUCGAAGAUCUUAAAGAAAGGUAUUUGCUGCCCAACAACUAUUUAGUCUAUUACGUCGUAAUAUUUUAUAACUAUUGGCCAGUGUAUCUCUAAAAGUGUAUUUGAAAUGUUCUGUUUUUGUGACUAUUCUCAUUGUUUAUGUCUGUGCAAAAAGCCAGUCCAGAAUGAAAACCUUAGGUUUUCAAGCGGAAAGUAAGACAAAAGAUAUUCUGGACAGCACCUAUACCUGCAAAUUCGCAGUGGUUGUGGAAGUUCAUUCAUUCUGUUGUGCAUUAUAAGAAAAUGUUUUGGGUUUAAGCUCCGUAAUGAAUUUUAUUUUUUAGGUUCGACAAAGAGAUUCGUUCAGGAUUAAUAGAAGUUGUCGUCCCGCCAAAGGAAUUUUAUCCAGAUUUAAAUAACCUUCCAAAAGAUAUAACUUUCCAUGAUCCUCCAUUGAGAGUAAAGUAAGUUCACACUUUAACUUAAUCUUCUGCGAGUAUACAGGUAGGUAGAAAUAGAUUAAUUUACUAAAUUAACUACUUACAAAACAUUGUUCGAGCAGGGUGGCAUUCACGAUUGAGUUUCAAAACUGAUGUCUGCUAUUAUUAUUCAUUGUGUUCAUUGGUACUCAGUGGCUUGUAUUACUUCGCGAAAUACUUGGGUGUGGGUAUCGAAUACGCCAAAAUAUCCCCACCAUUUUGAUCCUGCCAAAUUCAUGCCUCCUCCAUUAAAUAAUGCUUAUUUAUACUACAGACUUCCAUGAUUGAAAAAUUAUUAUUACCACUUAGUUACUGAGUUAAUUGGUUAUCUUUCAAAGACGUUGGGGUCUGUGUGCGGGACCUGUACACUUCUCUUGCACUUUCUGGAUGAAACUGUAUGGUGUCUUUUUCUGAAUGUACAGUAUUUAGUUCCCGAUAAAAAUUCUAAUUCUUGUAAACAAACAUUUACUAUAAAUUGCUUCCAUUUAAUGUUCAGAUGAUUCUAAUACUGUAGUCUUUGUUUCUUCCUACAUGUAGAUGGCGAACGAAACAAAAUCUGGACUUUUCGUAUCUCAUGAUGUACGCUCAACAAAGAGCUAGAUUUUAUGUCCAGGUAAGAAGAAUCACGAGUCGAGUUACGAGGAGUUACACCCUAAUUAACGACAUGUAUACUGUAAACAGUUAAGUUAUAUUAUGUAUCCUUAAACACUCGUUAAUAAUCCACGCAGACAGAGGAAAUCGCUACUGCGUCGGUGGUUUCACUGUCUAUCUAAUAAAAUAUGUUAUUUGCAUAAACGUUAGCUUUGAUUUUCUCAGCUUAGACAACGUAUAGACUUAGUAUACAAUAAUAUUUUCAUGAGGUGAAAGAUGCAUGGAAUUCUCCAAUCCACAAGGCGACAGCUGAGUUUUUAUUGAAUUAAAUACAAAACAAAUACAUAAUUGAGUUGCAUGUACAAUGUUUAAAAUUACAGUAAUGGAAAUCCAACAAAUAUGUCCCGAAAAAUGUUAAAAGAAGAGUUGAUGGAAUAAUGGCAUUCUUUUAACUCUCGUAAAAAAAAUAGUUUCAGUGAUUUUUGCACCCGCCAUUUUGAUUCGCACAAAUUAUGCAUUUGAAUUUGCAAAGGAACAAAACGUAUAGUACAAAAAAUAGGAUUCGUAGAUGGAAAUUUCGAGUGAAAUUUUUAUACAUUUAUUAGACCUAACCAGAAGCAGUUGCGAAAAAUGCAAUUAUAGGCCCUCUGGCAGGAAUCAAACCUACGGCAAUGGAACACGUUCCAUUGCACGCUCAGCAAAAUGAUCAUUUUUAUUCCAUAUCACGUGAUCAUAAUCAGCCAAUUAAAUGACCACAAUUUAAUAAGAUGUUAUAUAAUAUAUAUUAGUAUAAUUACAUAGGUGAUUAUUGAAAAUUCUCCACGCUGAUUGGUUGCCGUUGAGGUGAUUAUUACGCGAUAAUCACCUAAGCGAUUUUCAAAAUGGCGGCCGAAGCCGUUUUGUCAAUUAAACGACGAAGAAAUGUCUAUUUUUUAUUUUUUUUCUAAAUAAUCACCUAUAAAAUUAUACUAAAACAAUUAUUCACCUCAGGCUCGGUGAUUAUCGUGAAUAAAAACCUCGACUUCGUCUCGGUUUUUAUUCACCGAUAAUCACCUCGCCUUCGGCGAAUAAUUGUUAAAUAUUCAAAAUGGUCAAUGGACCAUUUGCAUUAUAGACUAAAUUUUGAUCUAGACAAAAAUUUCAUUACAGCUUGAAAGAGCAUCACAAAAUUAGUAAUAUUCCAAAGUUUCGUUGCGAAAUGUUGUAAAAUGCGGAUAAUAUAGCCUUGCGAAAUUUUCAAUUUUCAGUCAUUUUGUAUUACAAACGGAAAUUGAUGCCCCAACACCCGAUUGGGCUGUCAAUUUCGCGUGCGCAAUACAAAAUGACUGAAAAACGGUAAACUUCGCAUGGCUAUAUUAUCCGCAUUUUACAACAUUUCAAUGGAAUAUUACUAAUUUUGUGAUGCUCUUUCAAGCUGUGAUAAAAUUUUUGUCUAGAUCAAAAUUUAGUCUAUAUGCAAAUGGUCAAUUCAGUACGAUUUUGCAGCUUCAAAUUUCGUUUAACAUGUUUGUAUAUUUUGUAUACAUGCAAUACGGCAUAUCUUUGCCAGUUUUCCUAUUCCUGCCCUUAUAUUAACUAUGAUGUGUAAACUUACUGUAUGGGUAGCAUUUCCUGGUAAUUAAUAUUCAUUUUUCGUUUUGGUUAGCUCGAAGAUGAUUUAAUAGCAACACCUGGUUACGUGAGUACUAUCCGAACAUUUGCUUUGCAACAAACAGAAAAUCGUUGGAUGAUGCUUGAAUUUUCAUCGUUGGGUUUUAUAGGUACGUUUUUGCAAAAAAUAUUAAGGUGCCCCCCUAUACAGUUCUAAUAUCCGCAAGUUACUUUAAGGCUCAUUUACACGAUACGACUAGUCUUAUACGAAUCUUAUACUGGCGUAUGUACUUGAAUAAAUGCGUGUUAAGGCCCUGUCACACUAUUGCGUAUAUACUAGCGUAUGCCAGCGUAUGAAAAAUAUCACUCAUACGCUGGAAAACGCUGACAUACGCUAGGGGUAAUAUACGUUAGGCAUAGGUUGUAUAAUAUACAGGUUGUAUAAUAUUAGGUUGUAUAAUAUAUAGGUUGUAUAAUAUUAGGGGUAAUAUACGUUAGGCAUACGUUAGGCAUAGGUUGUAUACGUUUCAAGCACGGUCGCAUACGCUGGCAUACGGCGAGACAGAAAUACGGCGAGGCAAACAUUUUGUGCGUAUUCGGACGUAUGCUUUAUACGAUAAGCAUACUCUAGGCACACGCUGAAUACGCUAGACGUACGCCAGGUCUACGGUACUCAUACGCUGGCAUUUCAAAGGACUUUUGUGCGUAUGGAAAUUAUUUCAUUAAUUUUCAUACGCUUCUCGUACGUUUCUCUCACACGCAAUAGUGUGACAGGGCCUUAAACAUGUCACAUUUCAAAUUUUGCCAUAAACUGAUGAACAGGAAUAGUGGCGCCAGCAGUUGAUGUUGAGUACUUUCAGAUAGCUUGGAUGAAUUGUUUUUCAAAAUUUCCAAACAAGCUUCAUUUUUUUAAUAAUUAAUAUUCUAAAACAUAUGUUAAAAUACAAUAGAGUAAAGUUAAUAAGUUAUCUAGACAAUUUUCGCUACAUAAUUCCUUGUUCUUAAAGAAAUCCAUCUUAUGAAAUAGUUUGAAAAUUUAAUAUGAUGUUGACCUUGUUGUAUUUGACACUAUUUGUUCAAUUUGCAAUAUUUUACUAGAAUUGCGAGACUUAGUUACGAUUAUAAAACAACUGUAGAGAGCCACCUUAAUUAUUAUAUACCAAAAGCGUGAAGUCAUAAUUGAUUUCUACAUGUUUAAUGCAAAUGGACUCAUAUAACGUUUAAUUAUACUCUGAUCGUGGUUUCUAGUCAGUUUCAGUUAUGCAUGAGUAUCAAGCAUGUUUUCUGACUGGUCUGCCUCCCAUUUAAAAAUAGUCUAAACGCAAGAUAACAAAAUAACUCGCCAACGAUGGGGCCUUAAGACCCGUUUACACUUGCAAUUUUUGCUGCGAUUCCUAAGGACGCGACUUUCUUCUGAUGGAUGAAAACGAGUAGAUGAGUUCUGAAUGUUCUGAGUACAUGUUCCUUCAUCUGAACAUUCAUAACUCAUCCACUUCUUCACAUCUAUCAGAAGAAGAAAAUGGCACUGGAAAUCGCAGCAAAAAUUGCAAGUAUAAACGGCCUUUAGCUCGAAACGUGUAGUAAUCAACACCCAAGGACAUCACUAUGUAAACCAUAGUUUAUUAAAUAGUCUAUCAAGGGUUGAAUGCAACUUCGUGGGUUAAAAUGUUUCAUCGAUUCAUCCAGGUGACCAGCCUUUAAUUUAUUUUUAUUUCAUUGGUACAGGAAAGUUAUUUCGAACUAGUGAUUUACCAACGAUUGUGGAGUUCUUCCUUAUGUUUCACAAAGACAAGCCAGUUGAUUGGCUGCUUGAUCACAUACUGUGGGUAAAAGUGUGCAAUCCGGAUAAAGAUCAGGUACUGCACUGUUAUACAUAGACUUUAGCCCUUCAGUAUUCAAUACAUUGAGCCCAGGCAUCCGUGAUGCCCUUUCUAUUCAUUCCUUUUUAUCAAAACUCAAAAGACACUUAUUUUCUUGUUUUUGAUAUUUUUAUUGAACUUACAGGUUUUAUUAUUAGCAUGACAAAAUUACUGGAUGCUGAUUGGUCGAAAGGAGUACAAUUAUUUCAUUAAUUGUACUGCAGUACAAUUAAUGAUUUUCUCAAAACAAACAAAAUGGCGGAAAGGUAUAUUAACAAAAUACAAAUGUGAAAUGAAAUUGCCCUAGAGGAACUAGAUGAAAAUACGAACAAAAGCACCACAUUUUGGUUGAUAGUCUGGCAGGACUGGGCUUUGGCGAGAGAAUAUGAUGUUGACAUUGAGAAGUAUCCAAUUUUGUCAUGCUAAUAAUAAACAAGUAAUCAUGCAAUGUUGCUCGUACAAUUAGGGAUUAAUAGUACUCGUGAUGUUUGGAAAUUUGCCAAAUUGGACUCGCCCCGGCGGCUCGUCCAAUUUUGGCAAAAUUUCCAAACAUCACUCGUACUAUUAAUCCCUAAUUGUACUCGCCAUCGCAUGAUUACCUAUACUAAUUUUCUUUCAAUGAUCUUUGUAAAUUGCCGCUCAUGAUCACAAUAUUAAUUGUAUCAUUAAUUUUGUAAUAUAUCUAUAAACGUUUUACCAUUCACUUAUAUAAGCCUCUGGCUUCUUGAUGGCUUCCUCGCCAAUCACCAUACACUCUUAUCUAUGUCUAUUAUAUUUUUUGUAUUUUUAUGUAUAAGAUGGCAAACUACUGUAAACAGUAAUAAAGAUGCCUAGUGGCAUUUGUUGAGUCUUUGCACGUCAUUUUCGUGGAGAUAUUCUAAAUAUUUGUAUUGUCCAUUACAUACGUGGAAUUGGCCAAACAAAUAAUAACAUUGUCUAUUUCAGGCUCACUGUAAUCGAGAAAAAGCUCAGUUGCGAAUUCGAUUCAAACCUUCUCUAUUUCAACAUAUUGGCAGGGAAUCGUCAUUACCUGGGAAAAAACAGAACUUAAUUGUAAGUUUACGAACAAUUUAACAAAACAGUCUUAAAGUAUGUAUUUGUGUUUUAUACAUUAGUUGACAAGGGCCCUUACAAUUUCGUUGGCGAUAGUGGGUGUCGUAUGUCGGUGAAUUGUCCUGUCGGCCUAAUGUCUUGUCGGCCAAAUGUCCUGUCGGCUAAAUGUCUUGUCGGCCAAAUGUCCUGUUGGCUAAAUGUCUGUCGGUGAAAGGUCCUGUCGGUCAAACGUCUGUUGGUCUAUUGUCUGUCGGCCAAAUGUCUGUCGGCCAAACGUCCGCGCACCCUUACAGUCAUAGACAAAUUUGCAAGGCUAGUUGCCUACCUCCUCCACAGGGGUUUUGGGAAAGGCGGGGAAACGCCUGCUGUAUAAUAUUUUCAAGAUGGCGGAAACACAUCACCGCUGUCGAUAAAAUUUUCGCUUUUUGAACGUUCUUCGUCGCUGCUGUCCGCCAUGACUUUUGAAGAAUACAACAAGGAGAGACAAAACUAAAACACAUGUUUAUAUAUCACAAUGGAUAAUUUUCAGCCAGAUUUUCCCGGAAAACCCAACUAUCGACACUUAAUCCCGAGAAACGAACAUUAUUCAGCAGGCCUUUCCCCGUAUUUAUCGCGCCGCCCGAAAAUUUCCCCCCUAAAUUCUCGCGCCCGCACGGAAACGCCUGUGGAGGAGGUAGGCUAGUUGCUACUGUUCUAGUUUGCAGAAGCACAAGCUAGAUAACUAAGCUUUAGAAUUAUCUGCAUGAGUGAAUAACUCUUAUAACUAAUGCACCCUUUCGAUAAUUACGUCACAACUACACUGUUUUCAACUUAGGACCACCUUAUAUGGAAAGGAUUUCAAGUUUUUUUCUCAUGGGCUAUGCACAGAGAAGCAGAACGUCCUUCUUCAACACAUGCAUCAAAAAUAAUUCUUUCUUUUGACCAAUAAAUGUGGAAAUAAGCUUUAACACGAAAACGAGGCUGCAGGUCAUGACCUGGAGCCUCGUUAUCGUGUUAAUGCUUAUUUCAAUAUUUAUUGAUCAAAAUCCAAAUCUUUUUUCAUGCAUGCGUUGAGGAAGGAUGUUCUGCUUCACUGUGCAUAACCCAUGAGAAAAAAACUUGAAAUCCCUUCCAUUUAAGGUGGUCCUAAGUUGAAAACAGUGUAGUUGUGACGUAAUAGGCAAUUCCAGCUUUUAGUUUAUGCGUGCAGGGGUUGAUGGGAAGUGAGGUAUCACAUAGCUUAUUAUGCUGAAAAAAUAAAAAUGGUGGCCGUGUAAACACGGAAUGAUAGCUUAUACUUGUAAAUAUUGAAAUAUUUCGGUUGUUUCGGUAGUUUUUAUUGAAAUAUUUCAGCAAAUCAGCAAUAUUAAUAACUUUCUGACCGAGAGUGAGGGCAGUACGGGAAAAUAUCCAACCGAGGUCUUGCUGUAUUGACCGAGCGAUAGCGAGGUCAAUACAGCAAGACCGAGGUUGGAUAUUUUCCCGUACUGCCCGAACGGUUGAGGUCAGUAAGUUUUUUAUUAUAUGGCAUUGUACGUUUGUAAAAAAAUGGGGAAAAAAGGUCACGCGAGGUCACAAAGGUCACAAAGUCCGAAACAUUUGCAAAAAAGAACAAUUGUAAAAAAUGUUCUCAAGCUUGGUUAGUAAAACUACUCUACAGUACUUUUUAUAUAGAAUACUAACACAGUUGGAUAGUAUUUCAAGAAAAAUACGAGGUAUUUCGUCAUUUAAUCAAAGACAAAGACAACAAAUAUGAAAACAAUAAAAUUAAUAAACAGUAUGGACAAGUACGUUUUUAGUUCGCUUCAUCUCAUAAAUAGUCUCAUUUUAUCGAAAAAACCCAGAAAUUUUCAGGAAAAAAAUAUAAAUCUGUGGCUGCUUUAGUUGUAUUUUUUAUUUAGGAUAGUGUCAAAUUCCUCGGCUAUCUGCAAAGAAGAUUUGCAGCUCUUCACAAAGUCAAAACACAGCUAUUCCUGACUUCUUUAAUAGUUAUAAACAUUGUAAAAUUUACCUUGUUAUUUCGACUUUCGCUAACAAAAACAUAUUGAGAAAGUUCUUUAACCUUAACCGAGGUUCUCCUUUUCUUUAGUUUAGGUUUAUUUUUCUUCGUUUUGAAUAGUUUUGAAAGACUUUUAGACACUUUUUGCCGUUUGAAACUCGGCUCUUGUCGCAGGGCAAUAAAAAUUGCGUAUUGCCCGUGGGCAAUACGGGAAAAUCCUGCCUCGUCAGCAGCCAAUCAAAUUGCGCGAUUCAUCAAAACAAAUGCUGGCCAUAUAAUAAGAUACCAUACUUCCCAUCAUCCCCUGCAGGCAUAAACUAAAAGCUGGAAUUGCCUAUUAUCGAAAGAGUGUAUUCUAAUGCUUAGUUACCUUUAUGCUUCGGUAAGCUAGAACAAUAUAUUGUAACCCCGCAUGUGAGUUAUCUAAAGCUGUGAAUUGGGUAGCAAAGAUGUAAACAAUGUUAACUACCCAAAUUUGUCUAUUCGCAAUUUAUUUUCUGGCGUUCCUAUACGAUGAGGCAAGAAUAUUAAUUUUGAAAUCUCUCUUGCAGGACAAGGACUUCAAGAAAGCUCCAUUGUUUCAAGCUCAUCUUAAUCCGAAGGGGUCAGCGAUAACAACAAUCAAUGUCUACCAAACUCACACGAUAGAUAGAGCGUACACCGGUCAGAGUUUCUUUUGGGGUCAUACACCACACAAAGGAGAUGUAGUUCGGUUUAAAUUUGAAGACGGCAUUCUUCUUGAACAGUAAGUAUUUUUAAUAGUGUAAUAAGGUUAUAAUGCAAAUUUGUUUUGGAGUCAUACACCACACAAAGGAGAUGUAGUUCGGUUUAAAUUUGAAGACGACAUUCUUCUUGAACAGAAACUAUUUUUGAUAGCAACUGAUUGAAUAAGGUUGUAAUGCAUGUACAAAUACCUGUACUACGAUGUGUAUUUUUUUUCUCUAUCUUGACAGUAGGCUUACGUCAUAACAAACCAUUCCGAUUGAAAGAGAUAGGAAUAGACACUUUUUGCCAACGCGCCUAGUUGUCUACAGUCACAAAUGGUCCAGUUUACGACGGCAGAAAUUGCCUCCCACUUUCAUAUACAGUACAUGUACUGUAUUAUCGCGUAUUAUCUCAAUUUCUAAAAUAAUUUUUCUUAGUUUUCGCAUCAACACUGGCAAUGUGGAACAUCCUGGCGAUAUUUUCUCUAAUGCAUCUGUUGAACUUUUGACAACAGAAAAUAAGUUACAAAGAGAGAAAUGUAAGUACGAAUAAAGUUUUAAGUAUUACUGUAACAGGACUUGACAAUGUAGACACACUCUCAUUCUGAAGUCAUUUUAAACAUAUAAUCACUGCAAAAACGUUUGACUCAACUUUAAUACAGUAAUACUAAUACAGUACUACUAAUACCAAUACAGUAAUACUAUAACACACUACUCAUUCUUCAUGCGUUUUAUAUUGCACACUGUAUGAAUAAAUUUAAACUAUAAUUGUCAUAUAUCGACCAAACAAUGCACUUCCGAAGUUACUUGAGUGUAUAUGAGACAUUAGGGCCAUUUUAAUAUACGAGCGAAAAUAAGCCGCGGCUUAAAUAAGUCGCGGCUUAAAUAAAUAGCGGCGUAAAUAAGUCGCGAACGAUUCGUCUAAACAUUACAUUUGUGCGCAAGCCGCGGCUAAAAUAAGCCCAUAGUUGAAAGCUAUGCGUAAAUAAGCCGCGGCUUAUUGCAAAUUGACUGUUUAUACGAGUUGUUCGCUUAUUUAAGCCGCGGCUUAUUUAGGCAGCGUCUUAUUUUCGCUCCUAUAAAUGACUAUUGGUACGAAGAUGAGAUUCAAAAUGCAUCACAUUGCCAGUCUUGAGUUCAAGCUAUUGUUUCAGUCAAAUGUACUCAAACAAAUUCGGAAAGUGUAUGGUGCGAGUGCAUAAAUGUAACAUGUAUUCAAUUCCAGUGGCGUGCUGGGUAGUAAUUUUCUGGGGGGGCCAGUGGGCUUUCAACUAAUAUGCGCCCCUAUAUUGUAACGCUUGAUAAACGAGUGUCGAAGGCACGAGCCGAGCGCCGCAGGUGCGAGGUUUUUCUAGGGGGGUCCGGGGGCAUGCCCCAUCGGAAAAUUUUUGAAUUUAGGGUCUCUGAAAUGCCAUUUCCUGGACUUUGGAGGGAAGGUUUGACAGAAAUCUGAUGGUCAGGAAACGGCAUUAUAACGUGUUGAAAUUUGCAGUUUGGUUAGAAUUUAGUAGUAGUACUUAAAUUGGGCAAUGCUAACUCAGUUCCAGCGAUUAAUCUAAUCCCAAUUCUAUUCUCUACUGAUUUGGUGAUCUGAAUACAUUUACAACGUAUACAGCUCUUUUAUACAAUAACACACGGAUCCCAUGCAUAUGCACUUUAAGAUUACCUUGCUUGACUGCCAAAAGGGCGCGUUUCAGCAUUAUCUUAUCACUUACAUUACUCAUGAGUCAUGAUGUUUCUUGCACAAACAACUAAAUUGCGUACACAACUUACAUUAUCAUAUCUAUCUAAUUGCGCCGCUCUCGCGAUUCGUGAAGCAUAAUACCUUCAUAAUAUAAGGGCAUAAUACCAGCAAAAAAGGGCAUAAUUCCCGCGAUCGCUUCGAAACCUGACCAAUAUUCCGGUAAUGAGACAUUGACACAUUGUGUGUGAUCACUGAUCAGUUUCUAUGUGAACGAUUUUGUGUGAGCCGUGAAGUAGCAAAUUAGCAAAUUCGGUUAGACCAAAUAGUCUGUAAUUUAAUAUAUCACUUUGUCGUCUAUGCGCUUAGUCUCGAUCUGUUUAUAAGCCUAUAUAAAUAUAUACUUCUUGACGGAAGUAACUAUAUUUUUUCAAAUGCGUUUUUUCCCACCCACUUUCAAAAUUCCGCACGGACGGCGCCCCCUUUUCAUUUUUGCGCCGCCCGAGAAUUGCCAGCUGGGGGGGGGGCAUGCCCCCCCCCGGCGCCCCCUGCCAGCACGCCACUGUUCAAUUCACCGAGUAAUACAUAUGUAUAUUGUACAACAAUCGUUGAUGUUUAUAGUGUUCCGUGAAACUCCUGCGUCUGAUGUGGAAGCACAGAAAAACUUCGUAAAGGAUGAAUUUUUGCUCACGGAUUAUGUUCGUGUGGGGAAAUUUGUAAACGGUCUUGCCGAUGGUGCUGUACCAAGUACGAUUGGUAAAGUAAGCGAGAUUUUAAUCAGAGUUAAUGAUCACACUGGACAAAAUUGGGUGAUAAUUAGCGAGGUAUGUUUGGCGGUUUUUACGUGUACACUGUACAGUUGAAAUCCUGUUUACAAAUUUUAUAUAAGACACUUUUCAUAUUUGCCAUGUUUUGAAACUUGAAACAAUGGUUCGGAGAGCUAGAGCAGAUCACGAGAAUUAGUAACAUUUUAAAGAACAUUCCAAUUAAUAUCCACACACCCCUGAUAGCCUGUGUACAGACUGUAUUAUGCUGUAAUACAGUGGGUAGUGAUUCUGAUUGGUCACGACUGAAUUUAAUGGAUUCUGAUUGGCUCGAUAUAAAUAUCAACGACCGUUGGACUUUGAUUUUCAAAAUCGAAAUAAUAUUUUCUUGGCACUUGAUGUUAAUUGUAAAUUUUACUCUUUGCUUCAAACUAUUAAAUUUUCGAUGCAAAAAUGUUUCUAAGGUAUUGCAGAUUAAUAUGAAUAUCUAAUUGAACAAAUCACAAAUGAAAUGUAACGGUUGUUGCAUUUAAUUUGAUUGGUCAUAUCAUUUGGUCAUAUUGAUUGGUCAUUUCAUAUGGUUGGUCAUAGUUAAACUCAGUUGAUUCUGAUUGGCUGAGUUCAAAGGUCAACAAAGUUCUGACUUUUCUGACUAACGUAAAAAAUCACAUCACGCUCAGGAAUUGCCGUUAUUUUCAACUCGUUAGUUGAACAUUUAUGUUCAAUGAAAAGUCAGAAUUUUGUUGACCUUUGAACUCCGCCAAUCAGAAUCUACUGAGUUUAACUAUGACCAAUCAGAAUCAACUAUCCAGAUCUGGGUAACGCUGCUGGGGGUCGACAAGCAAUGCCACGAAUAUCCACAGACUGUAUUACAGCAUAAUACAGUCUGUACACGGGCUAUCCUGUGGACGAAUACUGUUAUUUUAGAUCCUUUCAGAAACGGUUUUUACCUAUCCCCUUUUAAAUUAUUUAAAUUUACCACAAACCCUGGGAAAUGUCCAAUUUUUCACGACCCUCGUGGAAAAACUGUACCUGUUGACGAGGUUCCAUGGCAAGGAAUCCCCUUCGGAAAUCUUUCCAUUUCUUUGCACGACACCACCCCCCCCCCCCCCCCCCCCUCCGAAAAUUUCCAUGUUAGGAAAUCGUCAAACUUUUCCUGACCCCUUUUCAAGAAAUUUUUCAAUUUUGUUACAACCUCCUCGGAAAUCGCGAACCUUCGAAAACGUGGAAUUUUCUACUCCCUUGGAAAAUUUCCACGGGGAGUGUAGAUAUUAAUUUUUGUAGAUAUUAGAAAUUAAUACAGUAAAUAUUAAUUUUUUCCAGAAGAUCAAACAUUCAUAAAGAUUCAUAAAGAUUUCAUUUUCAUUUUUGUAGAUUCAUAUUGUGGCAAAGACGUAACAUCAAGCCAUUCUCUUAAUCUCUCUCUCUCACACAAUCUUAAUUUAUACAUUGAUAUCCUUCAUGGGAAUCCAGUUGCGAAGUAUAUAUGUUUUAUCAUGCACGUCGUCGCCAUGGGAAAACACAUCCUGCACACAACACCCUUAGUGUACCUGAAAUACAAGGAAAGAUUUGUCUUCACACCCAUGAAAAUAUUGUUAUGGACGUCGAGUACAGGAACAGUGAACGCUGUAUCGGAAUCAACACCUAAAAAUAUUGAUAAAUAACAUAACAGAAAGCCCCAGUGCUUAACUUCGAUUUUUACUUUGAACAAGACGCUCUAUUGCUGGGUGUAUGAAAUCGACGAGGGAGCGCUGCCUCAAAAGCCUUGGCUUAAUAAUUUACAAAGACACUAAUUAUAAGUUCGUCUGACAUUCUUUUGUUUUCCCCGUCAAGAUAGUUGAAGUACACUACCAAUUGUAUUGGGUUAUUAAACUUAUUCGAAAAUAAUUACCGGGUAUAACAGGUUAUUAUUCGAAAAUUAAAACUGCGUGUUCUUCGUUAUCGCACGAGAAUAACAACUUGGUACUUUAAUUAAUACUCUGCAUGACUCUGUAUUUAGUACGUUAGCUUUGUAAUUUACAGAAUCUUUGUAUUUCUGUGCAUCGUGAGAUUACUAUCAUUUUAUUUCAAUUCAUCGUAUUUUACUGAUUAAUAAUGUACGACUAACCAUUUACUUCCUAGCUAGAGAGUAAAGUGUCAAAAUGGAAAUUAGGGCUAAAGUACUUAAAUACUUAAAGAAUAUUUUUAUUGAAGAUGGAGAAUCCAAUAGAUGUCCAAUUUAAAAAUAUCAAGAUGUCCAAUUUAAAAAUUGUAUAUGUUGCUGGAGA